GAAAAAAAACUGACUAAAACAAGUGCAGCUUUUGAUAAAAUGAAGUAUCAAUACAAUUACUUCAAAGAUCAAAUGAAGGAAUUAUCGGAGCUAAGAGAACAGAUACAAAAAAUGCAAGAAAAAGUGCAGUCCUUGGAAAAAGUUGACCUACUAUUAAAAUCAACUUGCAAAGAAGUGGAUGCAAUGCUUUCUAAUAAUACGAGUGUUGCAGAUUUGGCUAGUUUUGUAUCUACACUCAAGAGAAAAUGUGUUUUAAGAAGAUGUCUUUGAAAUAUUUAAGCAACGAUCAAGAAAAAUUCAUUGAUUUACAUAGGGAAAAGUCAAAUCUGUUGGAACGUAUUGCAGAAUUAGAAUCCAUAGUUGAACUUAACAAAAGUACACCACCCAAAACUAAGGUACUAAACAACUCAAAUAAAAGUCCGGAUUCUCCAUAUUUACAAGUUCAAUCUAGCAGUUAUGGAAUGAUGCCACUAAGAACUUUAUCAAAUAAUAUCCCCUUAGAAGCAAAGAGGAAACUCGCAACAGAUAAUAAUCAAUAUUCCAUAUUCAAGAAAUCUCGUCUAAAUAAAUGUCAAACUAUGGCAUCUCUUUAUUCCCAAAAUUUAAACAAAAAGUGGAAGGAGUUUUAGUGAUGAUUGUCACAAUGCUAAUUUCUGGUAUUCUUUUGAAGAUCAUGA